CUGAGCCCCACCUGACCGAGGGAGGGGAGAAACGGGUGUGAUGUGAAUGUCAACGGGAACCCGGGUGUCCAACCUCAGCCCCUGGACUUCCUAUUAGUUCUGUGGUUUUCAGCUUCAGGAAGUGUCGCGAGUCGCGUCUUGGGUUAGGUGGACUUUGAAAGGGGGCUCACACUUACUAGUCGCUGAUUGUGUGUCCUACACACUACCUUCCAUUUAAGUUCAUUCACAAAUGCUUAUUCCUGCCCUUGGGAAUCUUCCAGUCUAGUGGGAAAGACAGGAAAUAAAAAGUUAUGUAAUACUCUUCUGGUGAACAAGGACUCUCUUCUGGCUUGGAGCCUUUCGGUUUACAUAUAAUAAUUCAGAGUUCUGCUUUUCUUGGGGCUGGUUUGAAUGGUCUCUUGGAUAUUCAGUCUCUCUGGCUGAGUGCUCCAACUCUUCUCUCAACAAUCCAGAUCUAAGUGUGAAGUCAGAACCCAUCCUUCUCUCCAACACCCGAAAGUGGCCCCUGUCCAGCCCCGAGCAGCUGUGAUUCUGCAGAGAUCCCUUGGGUGGCAAGCACAGGUGCAAGCUAUUGGGAGCUCCUGAUAAGCAGGGACUUUAGAUGUUGUCAACUGAAAGAAAAAUGCACGACCUAAAAUUUUCGCGUUAAAUUUUAUUUCGACUAUGGCUUGCAAGGCAGCCUCUCAGAUAGCUCUGAAGAACUGCUCCAGAGACGCAAGGGAGGAGCUAGAAUAAAUAUGAGUUUUUUGCUGGGCGGGACCCCAAAACCAUGUAGUGGAACUUCAAAAGAUUACUGCUAAUCACAAAAACAGACAUCUCAAGUUAAUGACUUUAGUGCUUUUCUUUGUAUGGAAAGAUGGGUUCUGGGUUCAUUGAAAUUAUUCCUUAGAUAUGCAUCUUAAAUAUCUAGGGCCAGUAUCUAAAGCAUAGAAUGCUUUCUUGUUUUUCUCCAUCCUGAAUUCCCCUCAAGAUGCACUGUUGGUGGGCGACUACAGUAGUUGAUGCUCUGGUUCUUGUAGAAACGGAAUUGCAGGCAACAUUCUUCGUUUACAGUAUGCAAGAGUGCAAUUUACUGUAGAGACACCGCAGGAAAUAAUUCAUGGAGACCUUGCACUUGAGUUGACCUCUAAAGUUAGGUAGGAUUUCCACAGACCUAGAUUAGAGGUCUGAAUAGCCAAUGCAAAGGUAAAAUAUGUUUGGGAAGCACCACUAGUUUUAUGUGUCUUUAGCUUAGAUUACCUAGUUGAAGUUGAGGAGAUGGAGUACUGGGACAAAUAGGCUGGGAUUGCUUCUGAUAGAAUCUUGAAUAAUUGGGAUUUUAUGUCAUAGUAAGUGGGGAGCUCUCUUACAUUUUAGAACAGGGCAGUGAUGUGAUCAGAGCUGUGUUUUAGAGGCUUAAUCUUGUGGUAGUGUUAAGAGAUCAAGAAGGAUGAUUUCUAAUACUCUGAGAGAAGUGAUGGGAGCUUGAACUGGAGCCCUAGCUGUGGAACUCAGAAAGAUUCUUCGGCAUGAGGAGUUUGAGGAAGGCUGCAAAGCUGCCUGUAAUGGGCCUUAUGAUGGGAAAUGGAGUAAAACAAUGGUGGGAUUUGGACCUGAGGAUGAUCAUUUUGUUGCAGAACUGACUUACAAUUAUGGCAUCGGCGAUUACAAGCUUGGCAAUGACUUCAUGGGUAUCACGCUCGCUUCUAACCAGGCUGUCAGCAACGCCAGGAAGCUGGAGUGGCCGCUCAAUGAAGUGGCAGAAGGUGUUUUUGAAACCAAAGCCCCGGGAGGAUAUAAGUUCUAUUUGCAGAACCAGAGUCCACCUCAGUCAGAUCCUGUAUUAAAAGUAACUCUAGCAGUGUCUGAUCUUCAGAAGUCCUUGAACUACUGGUCUAAUCUACUGGGAAUGAAAAUUUAUGAAAAAGAUGAAAAGAAGCAGAAGGCUUUACUGGGCUAUGCUGAUAACCAGUGUAAGCUGGAGCUGCAGGGCAUCCAAGGGGCAGUUGAUCAUGCAACAGCUUUUGGACGAAUUGCCUUUUCUUGCCCCCAGAAAGAGUUGUCAGACUUAGAAGACUUGAUGAAAAGGGAGAACCAGAAGAUUCUGACUCCCCUGGUGAGUCUGGACACUCCAGGGAAAGCAACAGUGCAGGUGAUCAUUCUGGCCGACCCUGAUGGACAUGAAAUUUGUUUUGUGGGGGAUGAAGCAUUUCGAGAACUCUCAAAGAUGGAUCCAGAAGGAAGCAAAUUAUUGGAUGACGCAAUGGCAGAAGAUAAAAGUGAUGAAUGGUUUGCUGCACAACAUAAACCAAAGGCUUCAGGUUAACAGAAGACAUCACGAGGCCUGGCGUGUGCAUUAUGUGAUAAACGCUCUCCUUACUUGGUGGUUUCCUGUACAGGCAAAGAGGCUGGGGCGGUGAAGAUUUGCGUGUUUUAAUCUUUGAAAGUUCUAAUAUACUUCAGAGAGAAGAUCCUAUCAUUAUCAGUCCAUAUAGAGGAGAACUCUUGCUGCCAUCUGCGCUGUUACUGGAAGGGUCCGUUUUGUGUGUGACUGUAUUAGGUUAGUAAUAAAUUGAACAUGACCUUUGGUUGGAGGUGGAGGGAAUUUUGAUAAAUAUGUAGAUUUAAUGAGAAAAACUAAAUCCAAAUAAAUCCAAAUCAGUUGCUUAUAGCAGGAGUACUUCUAGCACCUGGUGACAGUAGGCUGUUCUGAUGUCUUGCUCUGGCAGGGCUUGACAUACAAAAACUUUUAUAGAAAUUUUGUGCCUUGAACUAAAAGCUUUGGUUAACAUCCUGACAUUCUUUGCUUUAAAUUUUUGAGUAGCCAGAGAAAACUGACAGAAGGAUCUAAUGUGUUAUGUUGCUACAUGCCUUGCUCUGUGCUAGUUUUUCUCUCUCUAUAUGUAUAUUUUUUUUUUCUUUUAAUCCUCAUAGGAAGAGACCAUGUUAGAUUUCUUAGUGAAGGAUUAGGUGAUUUCUUCAGCAUGAAAACCUUUCUUUAAAAUAUUUUCUUGUUUUCUAUUUGAUUCUGCAGAAUAAAUAAAUUUUAAUCACUGGAGACAGAAUUAAGUUGGGCAUGUUUAUUAUGAAAUGUUUUUUGAAAUUAUGCUUCAGAAAUCAAGCUGUAACAGCCAACCUGAAGACUCAUUAUUUAAAGCGGUGACCAGGUUCAAACUGUAGGGAAGAAACUGAGGAGAUUGGAAAGGAUUGACUCAGAAGAUACCAGUUCCUGCACGAUAUACAUGAAAUUACUUGUAAAUCAUAGCCUCUGCUGCUCUCCCUUGUUGGCAGGGCGGGGUAUGGAAAUUUCAGAGUGUUUCAGCUUACCUUCUGAUAGCGUGAUCUUACCUUCACUGAGAGAAAAAACUCCUUUCCUGGCUCCACAGCACUUUUCACUCCACUUAAAUUCUCUGUCUUAGGGAAGCAAUUUUGAGUUUCCAAGCAGACCAAGCUAUCUGUGUUCCUCCUGUUGACAAUUGGUUCACUUGUUUCCUAUGCGUGGGGAAAUUAUUAUAUGAAUUUUGAGUGAUCAAGUAAAUGCCUCUGAUUCUUUAGACUAUGAUUUGUUGAUUCUCAGAUUUCCUACUAGAUUAUUAAGUAAUUCUUGACGUUUGUCUCUGGUAACAUAAAAGAAACUCUACUUUUCCCAGUGUAUUAGGCUGUUGUCAUGUGGCUUUUUUUUUUUUUUUUUUUUUUGGUGUGGGAUCUUAGUUCCCCGACAGGGAUCAAACCCAUGCCCCCUGCAGUGGAAGCACAGAAUCUUAACCACUGGACCACCAGGAAGUCCCUGAUGUGGCCUUCUAAGUUUGUUAUAGUAAAAUAAAUGGUUUCUGUAAGUACUAAACACAUGCCAGAUUCCUCUUUA